UGCUUAGUAAUCCUGUGAAUUCAAACAGACUCAAGGAUCAAUAUAUCAUAAAUAAUUUUAGGCUAACAGGACACAAAUCGUCUUCCCCUUUAGAUUCAGCAUUAAUGGUGGAUUGGGCAUCACUUUGGACUCCUCCAGAAUCCAACUACUACAAUCUACCUUAUCCCG